AUGGGUGAGUUACAGUACCCCGGCGCACCAAGCGUCGGUGACGAUGAAAGACAAUACAGGGCGCCGUUCCGCCGCGCCCCACAGUACCGAUGGCCGGCACCACAGCCCCCUCAGCCUUCGGCCUUCGCCCCGUGGCGCAGAGCACCUGCGCCUCCCAGGCCCCCAGAUUACCGGCGCAGCGCAUCUUACCCUGGAAAGCCGGACGAGCCUUAUCAGGAACGAGGCGGCUUAGACAAUAUGAGAUCUCUCGAGCACUAUCUAACCGAUAUCAUGAGAGCAGACACAUCUGAUCACAUGAAAGGCAAGUCGCCCUUUUUCCCCGGCGUGGAGGACGCGGCAGUGGUGGCGGGCGUAGCGGGCGCUGGCUCGCCCGCCGUACCCCCCGACCAGACGCAGGAUGUGGUCUCCAGGCUCAGCGCUGCCGGUUUAUCGAUGUGCGUGAGUGCGCUGGGCUCCCCGGCCCGCUCGUCGCCAGUGUCGGCCGGUUCGGAGCACGGCGAGAGAUUCAGUAGGAAGGUGUUUGUGGGGGGCUUGCCGCCAGAUAUCGAUGAAGAUGAAAUAACUUCGUCAUUCCGGCGAUUUGGUCCUUUGGUCGUCGAUUGGCCUCAUAAGGCCGAGAGCAAGAGCUACUUCCCGCCGAAGGGUUACGCGUUUUUGCUGUUUCAAGAUGAGAGCUCGGUCGCUGCAUUGAUGGAGGCGUGUAUCACUGAUGACGACAAGCUUUACCUCUGCGUGUCGUCGCCAACAAUCCGCGACAAGCCCGUGCAGAUCCGGCCGUGGCGGCUCGCCGAUGCCGACUUUGUUCUCGACGCCAGCAUGCCACUGGACCCGAGAAAGACUGUGUUCGUUGGUGGGGUACCGCGUCCGCUCAAAGCUGUUGAAUUAGCAAUGAUUAUGGAUCGGCUGUACGGCGGCGUGUGCUAUGCUGGUAUCGACACCGAUCCAGAACUCAAGUAUCCCAAGGGCGCAGGUAGAGUGGCGUUUUCCAACCAGCAGUCGUAUAUCGCCGCCAUUUCGGCGCGCUUCGUUCAGCUUCAACACGGAGACAUUGACAAACGCGUCGAGGUGAAGCCGUACGUCCUGGACGACCAGAUGUGCGACGAGUGCGCUGGAGCCAGAUGCGGCUCCAAGUUUGCUCCUUUCUUCUGCGCGAACGUCACUUGCCUUCAGUACUACUGCGAGCACUGCUGGGCCACCAUCCACUCGCGGCCCGGGCGCGAGUUCCACAAGCCGCUCGUGAAGGAGGGCGCCGACCGGCCGCGCGCCGUGCCCUUCCGCUGGUGUUAG